AUGCUGGGAGCGGGGCUGGCGCUGGCGCUGUGCGCCCUGCAGCUCUGCCCGGCCGCGCUCGGAGGGUCGUAUCCGCAGCUGCUGGUGGAGCGGAGCGGUUCUCGGAGGCUGAGCAAGGUUGGUGGCUUUGCCUGGGAGAACUGUGGUGACAGGAGGGACCCCGUGGUGCUGCAGAGCCUCUCCGUGGCACCCGACCCCAUCAGCAUCCCGGGGAGCCUGCGCGUCAGCGCGGCCGUCAGCAGCGGCAAGGCCAUGGCCUCCCCUCUGAAGGUGGUGCUGGUGGUGGAGAAGGCACUGGGUGAUCUCUGGAUCCAGCUGCCCUGCAUCGACCAGCUGGGCAGCUGCACCUACAAUGACAUCUGCACCAUCCUCGACAAUCUCAUCCCGCCCGGCACGACCUGCCCGGAGCCCUUGCUCACCUAUGGCAUCCCCUGCCACUGCCCCUUCAAAGCGGGCUCCUACACCCUGCCAGCCAGCGAUUUCAUCCUGCCCGACGUGGAGCUGCCUGCCUGGAUGACCAACGGCAACUACCGUGUCCGGGCGGCUGUCAGCAAUGGCGGGGAGGAGCUCGCCUGCGUCAAAGUGGCCUUCUCCCUGCAGUCCCAGUGAGGGGCAGGGGACCGUCCCUCCUCUCCCCACCACCUUGGUCCCCCGUCCCAUCCCAUCCAGUUGCACCCCAUCCUGUCCCAACCCAUCCCUGCAAGAUGCAUCCCUCCUGCUGCAGGGAGGAGGCAGCCCCCGUACCCCGGCUCGGUGCUCCCCUCCCCUGCUGCACACAGAAAGGCCCCUCUGACUGUCCUGCUGUCCCCAACCUCAUCACCAGGGUGUCCCCUGCCCUGGACAGGGUGGCCUUGGAGCCUAACCCCAGCGUUUCAGUGCACCCUGGGGGUAGUUAUUUUUUACCUGUUUCUCUUUUUUUUUUCUUAAUCCAAUCAGG